ACGCACCCGCUCCUCCAGCAAGUUCCCCUAACCGUCUCGCCCUUCGUGACGCUCCCCGCCGCCACCACCCUGCCGUACCAAUACAAACCGCUACCGUCGACGCUUCCGCCCUCAGUCAUCACGCCCCCCACCACAACCACUACCACCAGCACGACAUCCGCCGCCGCCGCCGCCGCAGCCGACGAAGACCCCAACAACCCCACCCCCUCCGCCUCUUCCUCUGCCGCUGCAGCGGCAGCGGACCAAAAACCAAAGUACGUCGUCUCGCGGUCCGGGCACGCGGCGCACCCGGAGCAGGUGCUGGAGACGUGCCGGGCGCUGCACGCGCACGUGGCGCAGCUGGCGGCGCAGGCGGAGCGGGACCUGGCGGCGCUGGAGGCGCGCAUCCGGGCGCGCGACCUGGCCGAGAAGCGGCGCCUCGCGCCGGGCUGGCUGGACAGCGACGCGCGGCUGCUGGAGCCGGAGCGG